GACAACGUUGGAACCUAUCAGCCACUCGUGGCUCUGCCCUUGCAUGGAUGAUAAAGUGGCGCAGAUCAGCCUUGGGCUGUUUUCCAUCGGAGAGAUCGCUCACCCCAGCACAGCCACAGCUCAGGCUGGAGCAUGAGCAGCUCAGUUCCCUGAACGGGAAAGGAAAUUGCUUGGGUGCACAUUGGGAUAUCGUACUACCUGUUUCGUGCUCGCGUUCAAGCCAAAAAGACACCAAUAUUCAACUAUUGCGAGCAUGAAUACCGCCUUCAAUCCUUCUGAUUUACAUUUGUCGUCCCAGCAACUUCCUCAUUCUCUUCAACGAG